AGUGUCAACUAUCAAGACACAAAAUUGCAGACAUUCUUGAGAUAUCUAGAACUUCAAAGACAUACAAAUAUCUUUUUCUUCCAGAAAUGUCUGCUGAAAUCCCCCGAACUCCCUAUAAAUACUAAUCUUUCAAAUCCAAAACUCAGCAAAUUAUCUAAAAUUUAAUUACCCAAUUGCUAAUUUUCUCGAACAAUUCUCAAACCAUCAAAAUCAUUCAUUAAGAACACAUAUGGCUCAAUCUCUUUCCCAAUUUAGCAACAUCAUCCCCUCAUCCAAAUCAUCUAACAUUUUAUGCGGAAAUCCCUAUUGUUAUGUAAAAACCCCAAAAUUUCAGUCUAAAAGAAAGAGCUGCAAUGGAGUUAAAGCCAUGAAAGCUGAUCGAAGGGAUAAUAAUAGCUUGCAGAAUUCUGGGUUGAAGAGAAGAGAACCUCCUUAUUCUGCUCCUAUUGGGUUAUGGGAUAGAUUUCCAGCAGCUAGAACAGUGCAACAAAUGCUAGAAACAAUGGACAGAGUAAUGGAGGAGCCAUUCAUUGUUAACAAUGGAUGGCCAUCACCAGUCUCCAACAAUGGAGGUGGUCAUGAGUAUGUCCGAGGGCGAACACCAUGGGAGAUAAAAGAAGCUGAAGGAGAGUACAAGAUGAGGUUUGACAUGCCUGGAAUGACUAAAGAUGAUGUUAAAAUUUGUGUAGAGGAUAAAAUGCUUGUAAUUAAGGCAGAGAAAGUAGUGUCUAAAGAUAAAACUGGUGAAGAAAAUGGUGGGUUAGAGAAUAAAGAAGAUGAAGAUUGGUCUCCAAAGAGUUAUGGAAGGUAUAAUAGUAGGAUUGCUUUGCCUGAAAAUGUGGAGUUUGAGAAGAUUAAAGCUAAGGUUAAAGAUGGUGUUUUGUAUAUUAGAAUUCCUAAAGUUACAAGUAGUAACAAGAUCUUUAGUGUUAAUGUGGAUUAAAUGUAGUUGUAAAUGAGUUUAUUUGAUUGUAAAUGUUAGGUUUAUGAAGAAGUAGGUGAUGAAAUGUAUUAGAGGUCAUAUGUGUAUAUGUAAUACAAAUGGCUUAAUUUCAUGCAUUUCUUCCAUCAAUAGAAGUUCUAGUCCCUCUUAUUUACCCAAAGACUUUUUUUAAAAUUUUUUUUUUUAAUCUUUUACAAUAAGCAGAUUUUCCUUUUUCCACAUUGGAGUUCCUUGUGCAACAUGUUUUGUACGACGUUUUAUUGCUCCGUUAUUGCUCCAGUGUUAUUAAGUGAUUUCUAUAUAAAUGAGUUUUGUCGGGGAGGGGUGAAUGUGCAUUACAUUUUGUGCACAUCCCGAAUCUCUAAUUUACUAUCUUUGCUGUGAUUCCAUAAAUAACUUAGUUAUUAAGCUCAUGAUCAUAACAAUCACAAUCCGAAACCACCUUAAGUUGCUUCUCUCGAAUUUAUGAUUCACCAUGAGAUUUGCGAAUCAUGUGAUACUGAGUUGGAUGUU